GAAUGCGUCUAUUACGUAAUCGUCAUCAUCUGUCAGUGUCAAAAAACAUCUUGGCCGUGUCUUCUCCGCCUCAGAAUUCACCUUCACGAUGGCUGUCUCCGUUCGGAUUUUCUCUCGUUUUAGAGAUGGUGUAAAACUAGGUAACGUCAGAUUCUAUUCGAACCCAUACCAUGAAACACGAAAAAACCUCAAAUUGACAUCCGAAACAAAAGUAAUAGUACAAGGUUUCACCGGCAAGCAAGGCACUUUCCACAGCCAGCAAGCACUGGACUAUGGCACAAAGCUUGUUGGUGGUGUAUCGCCAAAGAAGGCGGGUACGGAACAUCUUGGAAAGCCAGUGUUUAAGACAGUGAGGGAAGCAAAGGAGGCAACAGGGGCGGAGGCGACCGUGUUGUUCAUUCCGCCGCCGGCGGCAGCGGCGGGUAUUCUGGAAGCCAUUGAAGCUGAGAUGCCGCUGAUUGUGUGCAUUACAGAGGGUGUUCCACAACAUGACAUGGUACGAGUGAAACACGCGCUGCUCAGGCAAAACAAGUCCCGUCUGGUCGGACCCAACUGCCCCGGCAUCAUCGCGCCAGAGAAAUGCAAGAUCGGCAUCAUGCCCGCCGCCGUUCACAAGAAGGGCUGCAUCGGCGUCGUGUCCCGUUCCGGCACACUUACCUAUGAGGCCUGCCAUCAGACCACUGAAACCGGCCUAGGCCAGACCCUAUGCGUCGGCAUCGGUGGCGACCCGUUCAACGGCACCGACUUCAUCGACUGCCUUGAGGUGUUCCUCAACGACCCAGAGACCAAGGGCAUCAUACUCAUCGGAGAGAUCGGAGGCAACGCCGAGGAGCUCGCUUCGGAGUACCUCACCCAGUACAACACGGGCCAGAAAGCUAAGCCCGUGGUGUCGUUCAUCGCGGGUCUGACGGCGCCUCCCGGCAGGAGGAUGGGUCACGCCGGCGCCAUCAUCUCGGGCGGCAAGGGCGGCGCCAUGGACAAGAUCAAAGCGCUAGAGAAGGCCAACGUCAUCGUCACUCGCUCCCCCGCCAAGAUGGGCGCCGAACUCUUCAAAGAGAUGAAGAGAUUAGAAAUCGUCUAAGAAACUCUGGUUAUUGUCACUUUAUAGACUUUUAGAAAUUAUACAUGUAUGUUUUCAAACGUUUCUAUUGACUUAUUUAUUUAACGCCUCCAAGGCAUGCUGUCACGACUCAUGAGCCUAUUGACAGUAUUAAUUAAUGAUUUACCUCCAAAUGUCCAUUAAAAUUAGACUGCCCUCGAGCAAAAAUGUAAUUUAUGAAUUUGUACAGAUUUAAAGCUUCGUUUAAGAACAAUUUU